AUGCUCGCGAUCACAAACUCAAUCGUGCCAAGCGUGGCGUACGACGGCUACGCCUCCCGCAAGCGCGCGCGGCCAUCCACGCUCGGCGACGGGACAAAUUGCGACCCGGCAGAGGACGACGAGGGGCACAAACUCUGGUCAGUUGAUACCGAUGAGGAUACCAUGGCGCCACGCUGCUUCGGUGCCAACAAUCAGUUUCCCGAGAGCGCCUACGCCCCGAGAGCUUACGACGCUGUGUACGCUGUGGCGCACGCAGUCCAAGCGCUGGUGGACGACCCGCACGUUCAGCAUGUUGACGGCGACGCGCUGAUGGCGGCCCUUCUCUCCGUCCAGUUCGAGGGCGUGACGGGCAACAUCUCCUUCUCGUCCGAGCCGGCCACCCUCGGCGACCGCGCGGAUGGCGUCCUUUACGACGUAAUGAACGCGAACGCAUCCGGCGCGUGGGUCAAGCUGGGCACCUGGCAGCCGGCCGACAACUGGGAGCAGAGCUUUGCCGGCAACGGUCAGGCGCUGACGAGGCCAACGCCCGACAACAGCAAGCCGCCACAGCUCGUGGGCGAUACGCUGCGCGUCGGAGUCUUUUGUAAUAAAUCGCCAAGGUUCUUCCUAUACGAGCAAUGCCAGCAUGUGAUGCACAUCAUUGACCGCAUCAAUGACAAGAAGGACGGCUUCCUCGACGACUUACUUCCGGAUCACAGGCUCUUCUACUCUAUGGUUCAGAUAUGGGAAGGCUGUUCCGAGACUGAGGCCAUUCGAAGCCAGUUCGAGCAGCUGGAUUCCGACUUGAAUGGAGUGGUCGCCACCAUCGGCCCGUUCUGUUCGGAUAACGUGGCCGCUGUGACAGCCACCGAGUGGCGCGCUGGACCCGACAUCUCUACCGUCGUGCUCUCGCCGUCGUCGACGGCUCCGAUCUUGGCGAACGAUGCUGUCCGAGUGAUGAAGGAACGGCUGCUAAAUCUGUUGCCGGACACGAAGAUCUUUCUCGACGUGGACGACUUGGCGUCCGGGCGAGGCGCAGCCGAGGUUGCUGCGUCGGAGAUUCUCAUCGUCUUUUUGUCGGACGGCUACCUCACGCGCCCCAACACCGUGCGCGAACUGCUUCGGGCGAUGACUCUGCAAAAAAUCAUCAUCACCGUCUACGAUGAGCGCAGCGUCUACAUGGACAAAGAUGUGCUCGGAGCAGCGAUCGACGCAGCUUGCCUGAACCUUUCGAGGUGGGCUCUCGACGGCGACUUGGCGGCCUGGGGCGCAGAGGUCCCGACCACGGCCGACAUCUUUGCUGCACUGACAGCCCGGCCUCUGCUGUGGACUCGUGUUCCAGCUUUCAUGAACGUCACUUUGCAGGCGUGCGUGACACCGCUGGUUCAGCCCAAGGCGCCCAUCUUGCAAUCUGUCCCGUCUUGGGCGCAGAAGGGGCUUGGUCGCGCAGACGGGAAAGCGAGUCUCUCCCCGGAGGUGCUCGAGCGCGCAAUCGAGAUGAUGCAGAUUGCUGCUGAGCCUGGCGAGGCGGCUUCGAUGAGCCUGUACACGCGAGCCGGCAUUGGCUUCACCUGGCAGAGGCUCCGCGCUGGAGAGAGGUUUCGACUCUACGCCAGCCCACACAACCCCGGCGCGCUCGAGCUCACCCAGGAGCUGUCUUGCCUGCUGCGGCACCUCGACAUAGAGCUCGAAGUGACGACCUCCGUCGCCGACCUCACGGCCUGCAGCCACAUGCUGCUGUACCUCGACAAGCGCACCUGGACGGAGAAUGACCAGCGGAUAGCUGCGCUCUCGAGCGACGUGAAGGCCGCCCUGGCCAAGCGCGUCCACCUGCUUCUGGUUCACGAGAGCGAGCCGUUUGAGUACAUGGAGGGCAGCCACGCCGGCGUCAAGUUCGACGACCUCUUCGACUGCGUGGAUGGCGCGACCCCCAUCGAGCUGCUUCAGCGAAAGGUCUACUCGGAGGUUGCGGUGCCGCUCAAAGAAGGCAUCUAUCGGCCCGCAAGCCUGCUGCUGCUCGCACGCGCUGUCGGCGACCAGACGCGGGCUUCGGCGCUGCGGCAGCUCACUUCUUCCUCCAAAGAGCUGCGCCUGCCCUCUACGACUUUUGCGGAGGGCAGAGCGAGUCUGAUGAGCCGGAGCAAACAUGACCGCUUGAGCCUGUAG